AGUUGCAUAUAAUAAUAGCUUGGAGAGAAAAAAUGGCGAAAUGGUUAGGUUUGGCGAUUUUGUUCUCUCAACUACUUGGUUAUGCAUUUUGUGUUCCAUCCUGCAAAGGGUCAAGAUAUCAUCUUCUGAAAAAAGUAAAUCGUAAAGGACCAUAUAUUGGCCUUAUAACUGUAUAUCCAACCGAAGAAAACGCCUUCUUUUCCACUGGGGCUUUCAAGCCUGACCCUAAUGACCCUUUUCUCGAUUUUUCAGGUAGGCGAUUUCGGGUCGGAAAAGUUCUUGAUAAAAGAGUCAUAUAUGUUAAAUGCGGGGUUGGAUUGAUCAAUGCUGCUGCUACAACACAACAAAUGCUGGAUUUGUUUCGCAUUUCUGGGAUUGUCCAUUUCGGUAUAGCUGGCAAUAUCAACAACUCCAUGUCCAUUGGCGAUGUCACCAUUCCUAAAGAGUUUGUAAAUACUGGCAUUUGGGAUUGGUUGAACCCAAAUGGGACCGUGGAUACUGCUGAUAUUGCAGGCUUGGACGUGAAAAACUAUAAUUCACCAAAAGCUGGAGACAAUUUAUUGGGACACAUUGGUUUCAAUUUUGAGCAAUUAUACUCCAAUUCUGGGGAACCAAAUACUGCCCAGACCUUGGUUUGGGCACAGGUUAAUCAAGAUUGGCUUCAUGUUGCUUCCAAACUUGAGGGAAUUGAACUACAACAAUGUGUGAAUUCUAGUUUAUGUCUCCAAGGGAAGCCCAAGCUGGUUGUGGGCCUCAAGGGCUCAACGUCCGACAUUUUUGUGGACAAUGCAGCCUACAGGGACUUCCUUUUCAACACUUUUAAGGUUUCUUCCACGGACAUGGAGAGUUCGGCUGUAGUUAUGACAAGCUUGUCAAAUGGCUUCCCAGUAAUUGUAAUUAGAGGGCUAUCAGACAUAGCUGGGAAACAAGAGGGAGAGAGCGCAAUUGGUACAUUUGGAUCUCUUGCAGCUCUCAAUACUGCCAAUUCCGUUAUUCAGCUUUUGAAGGAACUACCUGCUCAGAGGAAUCGUCAUUAUAUUUGA